GCCUAUGCCCACAAUGAAUGGCUGUUUCCAGCGCGAGACAGACGAGGCGAGAGAGUGAAGGAGAGCGAGCGCGUCGGACUCCACUGAAACACUUUGAAACGGCCUCCAGCUAAGGGAUUUCUCUGGUGGUGCUGGCCAUAGCGCCAUGGCUCAGACCCUUCAGAUGGCGAUCCCAAACUUCGGCAACAAUGUCCUGGAGUGUUUGAACGAGCAGCGGCUGCAGGGGCUGUACUGCGACGUGUCCGUGGUGGUGAAAGGCCACACCUUUAAAGCCCACCGUGCCGUGCUGGCGGCCAGCAGCUCCUACUUCCGUGACCUUUUCAACAGCAGUGCGGGCAGCAAAACCCCUACGGUGGUGGAGUUGCCCCCGGCCGUACAGCCGCAGAGCUUUCAGCAGAUCCUGGCCUUCUGCUACACCGGCCGCCUCAGCAUGAACGUCGGAGACCAGUUUCUGCUCAUGUACACGGCCGGUUUCCUCCAGAUCCAGCAGAUUAUGGAAAAGGGCACAGAGUUCUUCUUGAAGGUCAGCUCGCCCAGCUGCGACUCACAGGGCCUCCAUACUGAAGAAACCCCUCCGUCGGAGCCUCAGAGCCCUGUUACCCAGACGGCGGCGGGUGCUGCGGCUAAUGGCGGAGGCGGGGUGGUGGCUACGGCGUCCAGUCGACCCGUUUCCUGCUUGACCCCGUUGCCCCUCGUCUCUCGGGUGAAGACAGAGCAGCCGGAGGCCUCGCCGUAUUCGGUGGUUUGCACGCCGGUGGCCAAGCGGCUUUGGGAAGGAGGCAAUCGGGAAGGCGGCGGAGGCUUGGGGGCGGCCGGCGGAGGAGGGAUGAGGAAGGCGGCUCGCUUUUCCCAAGAAAUGGCACGCGGAAGCGCCAUUCAGCAGCAAGGUAGCAUGGGACUUGGUAUGGGUCUUGGAAUGGGCACAGGUGGGCACGGUGGAGGCGGAAGCACCAAUGGCAAUGGCACGAGCAGUGCCACCCCUGAAGGCACCAGCCCCGGUACUUUGAGUGCCUACGCCAGUGAUUCGCCCAUCUCUUACCAUGAUGAUGAGGAAGAGGAGGAGGCGGUGGAUGACGGCACUGAAGAGCAGUACAGGCAGCCUUCAGGCGAACGUGUGGAGGCCUUGCCGGACCACUCAGAGACGCGGCCCAGGAUGCGUGGCCGACAGGGUCUUGCCUCUCUCCCUGCCGAGCUCAUCGCUCAGAUCGGCAACCGCUGUCACCCUAAACUUUAUGAGGAAGGUGACCCUGCAGAGAAACUGGAGCUAGUUUCAGGCACCAGUGUGUACAUCUCACGAGCUCAGCUGAUGAACUGUCACGUCAGUGCGGGGACCAGACACAAAGUCCUUCUGAGGAGGCUGCUGGCUGCUUUCUUCGACAGGAGUACUCUGGCCAACAGCUGUGGAACCGGCAUCCGUUCCUCCACCAAUGAUCCCAGCCGUAAGCCGCUGGACAGCCGAGUGUUGCACGCAGUCAAGUUUUACUGCCAGAACUUUGCCACCAGCUUUAAGGAGAGCGAGAUGAACGCCAUCGCGGCGGACAUGUGCACUAACGCUCGGCGCGUGGUGAGGAAGAGCUGGAUCCCCAAGCUGAAGCUACUGAUGGCGGAGGGCGAUGCCUAUGCCAAUUUCCUCCCCGACAGCAUCAAGAUGGAAGCGGACGGCCUCAGCGGUGAACCCGCCUUCGAGACGGCAAGCCUGGAGGGCGGCGCUUCGGUGGAGACUGGAGGAUCCUCGGGCGAGUCUCUGCAGGGUGGGGGCGGAGACAACGGCACUUUGUUUCAGUGAGCGACCCGGCGAGGAAAGCCCUGCCCCAUCCCCUCUGCUGCCCCACCUCCUACCCGCCUCCCACCCCGCUGCGUGACUCUGGGCUCUGCUGCUUCUGCCUGGGAUGGGAAAGGGAGAGUCGGGUAGGAGAUUGGAGGAGUUUGCACGGUCUAGCGUCGGGAGGAACACAAGGGGUUGAUGCCAGGGGCGCCAUUUUCUUUUCAAUCAUUUUUGUUUUUGCUGAAUAACCCUCUUUUGCACAGAAGAUCCCCUUUGCCUCCAUGCUCGGCAAGUAAAUCUAGUCACCGAUGCUAUAGGAAUGCGUAAUUAGGACCAGGAAAAGUUCUUGCGACCGGAGGUCCGAGGUUCCCUGAUCUCACUCUACUGAAUUUGAAUGUAUUCGUGAUUUUGUAGCACCUGGCUAUGUCAGACUAGCCGAUUGUAUUUGGCCCAGGAGAGAGACAGGACAAAUGCCUGUCAUAAGAUCUGAAGGAACAGCAGAUGGAGAAAGUAGUAGGGAGGAGAGGAGAAAGAGAAGUAGGUGGCAUAUUCUGUCUCUCGGUCUGUCUAAAACGGAAAGAAUCUGAUAUCCUCCUCUCCUUCCAUUCCUCCCAAAAUAUAUGUGGGAUCUUAGUCUGCCACGUUCUUUGUUUUUUAUGUCGCCGUUUUCUCCUUUCCCCUUCUACUUGUUCCACUGGGUGUGAUUUAUAUGAAUCCAGAGUUGAAAGAUGAUUAAGGACUGUAAAGGAUAAAAAUAUAUUUAUCUGCUCGCACCUUUAGAGCUCAAGAGAGAGGGAUUGUUUUAAAAUCUCUUUUUGUGUUUUUUUUUUUUUUUUUUUUCUUAAAUGUUUCUCAAGAGACACCUUGUUGUUGGGCUUUAAAUGGAAAUAGUGAGAAAACAAAGGACUAUUUUUGCAUAAGGAUUAUCUUGCAGACUGGUGCUUGGCUUGUAUCUCGAUCACGAUCGUGUCCAUAGCUGAAUUCGAUUGGCCAUUUUGACCAGAGAUGUACAAUUUGCGUCUCUCGCCGAUUAAAGGGGUAGUUUAUCCAGAAAUGUAAAUUCUGUCAUCGUUCCCUCACCCCCAUCUCAAACCAAACACAAAAGAAAAGUGUUUGUUUUCAUUCACUGAAAGGCCAA